AUGGAGAACCAACCAAUUCUGUUAGGGAACCAGGAUGGAGGAACAGCAACAGGCACAGCACCUGCUUUUUAUGUCCUUGUGAAACAGCCACCGACCAAUGAAAAAGCUGAUCAAGGAAACUUAGUUUCAAAUCAGGACAGUUGUGGUAUUGCUAGCAAUGCAGGAGUACCAGUAAAAUCUAAAGUAAAGACUUGCCUUCCUGCGGAUUGCACCUCUGGAGGCAUUACUGUCACCCUGGACAACAAUAUCAUGUGGAAUGAAUUCUACCAUCGUAAUACAGAAAUGAUUGUCACUAAGCAAGGGAGACGGAUGUUCCCAUACUGUCGAUACUGGAUCACAGGCUUGGAAUCCAACCUGAAGUAUAUCCUGGUCAUGGAUAUUUCUCCUGUUGACAACUACCGUUAUAAAUGGAAUGGGCAUAGUUGGGAGCCUAGUGGAAAAGCAGAGCCUCACGUCUUGGGACGGGUAUUUAUUCACCCGGAGUCACCUUCUACAGGUCAUUACUGGAUGCACCAGCCGGUGUCUUUCUACAAACUCAAACUUACUAACAAUACCUUGGACCAGGAAGGGCACAUCAUUCUGCACUCUAUGCACCGCUAUCUACCUCGACUACACCUGGUGCCUGCUGACAAAGCCACAGACGUUAUCCAGCUGAACGGUCCCGAUGUCCACACCUUCACCUUCUCACAGACAGAGUUCUUUGCUGUGACGGCCUAUCAAAACAUCCAAAUUACACAACUAAAAAUAGACUUUAACCCUUUUGCAAAAGGGUUUGUGAAAGAUGGACUGAAAAGUAGUGCCCAGUAUAAGGCGAAGAAAAAUGGUAGGUCAGAGCACGAAGGCUUUCCUAAUGAUGACAGAUGUACAUAUUCUCCUGAAGCUGAUGUUUUGGAUCUUGAGCAGAGAGGCCUAAAUGGUUCAUAUAACAAUCAGAGGAUGUGUAAUACUGAUUUGGAAAGAGAGCCAUUCAAUUCAAACAUCAAUGAGCAUGAUGAACCAGAAUUAAAGCAGGAGACAACUGAAUUCCCAAUAGCUUAUCCUUGUGAAAGUGGCUCUCAUGUGAAAUCUCUGCUGAUCUCAAAUGGAGACAUCAAUGUUUCUAUUAAAGAGGAGCUAGUAGAUGACUAUGAUUAUGUUCCAAACAUCAAUAUGGAAAGGAUUCAGUUGAAACAGGGACACAUCAUCAAAGAGACAGAAGAUUUUUCCUGUAGUGAUGAUGAUCCCAUCCUGGAGAAGCAGUUGAAGAAACAUAGCAAAAUGGAAAGAAAGGAAGUGGAAAUAAAAUCCCACAAGCGAUCACACAAUAGCCCAUUGGGAGUUGCCAAAACAAAAAUGUUGAAAUUGUCCAAUGGGACCAUGUCCACUGCUUCUACAGGGCCCUGUGAGGUCACCAAGAGUAUGGUAAAGGUCUCUGCUCUUCAGGCCAUUUUGUCUUCUUGUCGGACAGAUAAAUCCUUUUUGAGACAUUCAGAAAAUUCAUUUGUAGAAACAAAAAUUAAAACCCUUUUUUCUGGAAACAAUGAAGAACAGCAGUGUCGUUUAGUCAAAGAUGUGCCACGGGGAAACAUUCAAAUACGUAACGGCCAUUCCAUGAAGCAAAAACCAUCGAACUUCAGAUGCGUGUCCUCAGCGGUAGCCAAAUUUAUCACUGGAGGGAAAAGGCCAAAUACAGCAAAGAAACCUGUGUUGAGCGCUGAUGUUGAUAGCAAUCCAAGUGUUGUGUUAUCAGGAUCAUGUAAGAGAGGAAGACGAUGGAAGCUGAAGUUUUCGGAGGUUAAAGAACCCCUGAAGGCUAUUAUGAAGAACCAUUGUGCCCCUUUGAGACCGUAUUCUGAUCACCCAGAGUUUAUGCUUGAUCUUGAAAACGUGGAUGGAUUCCUGUUUGUAUCCUUUGAAUCAAAGGAAGGUCUCAAUAAUCACAUUGUUGAUAAAUCUGGGAGAACAGAAGAACCACAGAAUGAACAGGCUGCUUUACAGAUCACAUAUGAUUCAGGCGGUCAAAAAAGGCUAAGUCUGCUAGAAACAAAGCUCUUAGAAGAUUUGAAGUCCUUCAGGCACAAACAAGUGAUACACCCUGGUCUUCAAAAAGUGGGACUGAAGCUGGGUUCUGUGGACCCAACAGUUAGCAUUGACCUAAAAUAUUUGGGUAUACAGCUUCCUCUGAGCUCUUCAAAGGAUCGUGUAUUUGGUAACAACCAAGGAACAAGGCCCAGUUCUUUAGAUACUGGCCUUUCCUUCAUUUCCAGGUCUGGGAAAACAGACGAUUUCAGAAAAAUAAAAGGCUGGCAGGAAAAAUUCCAAAAUGCUUCUAGUCUGGAAGGAAGCAUUCUAGAGAGCUCCUUGAAGAACCGAUCUGCCUUCUGUAGUGACAAGCUCGAUGAAUAUUUGGAGAAUGAAGGGAAACUAAUGAAAACAAGUAUGGGAUUUUCUGCUGGCUUCUCCAGUUGUCCUGUGGUUGACCAGUUUCCAUCUGAAAGUGACAAGUAUGAACAAGCACAGGACAGCAUUCUAAAGAAGAAAUGCACUCCACUCGCCUCUUACAGUUUUCAGCCUCUUUCUCUGCCUUUUAGAAAGAGCAGAAGAAACAUAAACAGUAAACAAGCAUCUUCUAGAGGCAGCAUAAGAUCCAAUAAUUCUGCAGUGCCUUCACCUGUUUUAUCGAAGGAGCAACAACACUUCCAAGUCUUGGAAGACAAAUUUACUAAUUCUCAGCCAAAGAGCAAAACGGGCAAUACAGUAAAUGUUCUUGUGAUGCCAAACUUGGAUGAAAAUGUGCAGAGAAAACAGAGAACUGUGUGUCAGUCAACACAGAAUAGUCGUAUAUGUCACACUCAUACAAAGAUGAUGGAACUGGAGGGUUGUUCAUUACAGGUUGGGAAGCCACGAACUUAUGUUACUGAAGAACGUGCAGAUUUGUCUCUGAUGACUCUGUUCAAUUCGCCAGCUUUACUCAACAACAGACAUGUCUGCGAAGGAUUCAGAAGGCAAACUGCAUGGUGCGGCAGCGACUCUUGCCAGCCUGGAUGUAUUUAUGCUAGUUCACCUCUUGAGAAGUCCCAACCUACACUUCGCAGCGAAACAGAAUGCACAUUUGACUGUCAGAAGAGAAAUCUGGCCCUAAUGAAGGGGAUUUCCAUACAGAAGAAGCCUUUGCAUGAAAUUAUCACAUGCUGUAAUGGGCAGGAGGAGGAGUGGAAACUGGAACAAAUGAAUAAGUGGGAGACAAACGAUGACUUCUACAAAGCAGAGUUAAAAUCUUCCAUAAAUUUCCCAAUGUGGGUAAAAGAAGAAGAGACUGAUACAAAACCAAUUUAUAUCCCAACACCAUCUGCCACUAAAUCAACAAAACGUGUAAUGCGUCCUUGCUCAGAAGUCAUUUUACCUUUCAAUAAGCUAAACCCUACCUAUGAUGUAGUCAAAGUGGAGCAAGGGGAAACACCUAAUUCCAAGUCCAUGGGGCCAACUUUAUGUCAUUCCAGUUCAAAUUGUGUGCUCCCUGCUCCAGAGCUGUCAUCACAAACGGUUCAGUCCAAGCCUUCGCCAGCUAUUUCAGUUACUCAGGCAACAUCCUCCCUCCCUCCAAAACCUAAUCUUGUGAUAGAAGCUGACAGUUUGUCACCACAAUUACCUCCUGCCGGAAUGAAAAGUGUUGCACCAGUGGCAGGUUCUGAUCCUAAAACUGCAUUCGACUUCUGUCAGCACCCAGGCAAUGCAGCUAGUUUAGUACAGCUUCAAUCUAGCAGUUUUGCUUUGCUUCAGUUUCCAGGGCAGAAGACUGUUCCAAGUUCCAUCAUUCAACAUCCUGCAUCUCCAAUGAGAGAGAAAAUGACAGCGGAAGUUGAGGUUGGUGCUGUCCAUCUAGAAGAAAGGAAGUCACACAUACAUGGGACAGAGACCACGGAGUUAGAAGUCACAAUGUCUUAUAGCAAACCAGAAGAAUUGUUAGUAACUCAACCACAGUUCCAUGUAGAAGGGAUAAUGUAUGAGAGAAAUGGUAUUACUUCAGGGAUAGCUGGGAAGAAUGCAGAAAUGGUGGAGCAGUUAUCAAGUGCUGUUCCCGUUUUCCAACUUGAGACUGUUUUAGCAGAUCACUCCUACUUCCUUAAAGAAACAGCUAAGAUGGAACAGCAUGUUAAACUUUCUGAAGACACAUCAAAUGAUAUUUCUCACUUGCAGUUGGAACUCAGGAACAAUAAGCCAAAGGGUGUGGCACCAGCUGUGGCUAGAUGUCGUUCAAAACAUACAGAAGAAGAACGUUGCCGUCGUAAAGAAAUUAAAGGACUGUUUGAAAAAUUGCAGGUGACUUUGCAAUUGCAGAGCCUCCCUAGAGUUGCCAACCGCAUCCUGCUUGAAAAUGCCUUUGAAGAGAUCCAGGGGCUAAUGAAUCAGGCAGAUAAACUGAUGGAUCAGAAAAAGUUACUCAUGUGCAAGCAGGACAUUCUGAUUCGUAAAGCAUCUGCACUAUCAGGGAAGACACAAGAGGUUGUCUUGAAGAAGCUACGGUAUAUCAGUGCAAAGGAGAACGCAGCAGAAGCACGGAAGCAGAAACAGAAAAAACAACCCAUGAAUGCUGCUGGAACUGCAGAGACUGCUGGGCUGUAUGUGCAAGACUGUCCCUGUUCUGAGACAAAAGAAGUGAUUUUGUCUAAAAGGCAAGAGGAACCCACGGUACUUUCCAUGACCGGAAGUCAUGCCACAGAAAAUGAAGACUCGUUCCUGAUGCCAAGGAUAGUAAAUGUGAUGUCACUUGCUAAUGAAGAAAAUAGAGAUUUAAAUAUGGACAAAAAUAGGAAUCCUUACAUAUCCCUCAUUACAGAUUCCCUGGCAUCUAAGCCCUCCUUUCCAGUAAUGUCUCGGGAAAUAAAUGUUCAGUAUGUAGAACAAGCUAGUUCUCCUUAUGGGAAUGAGAGAGAUGCUACUGGCACAAGCAAAUACUUUACUGGGGGAAAAGAAAUCAGUUUUUCACAAAUGGUGGAAGUCUCCAGUUUAAAAAGAUCCUCAGAAUCCUUUGCAACAAAACUCUGUAUUGAAGAAUCAGCUCCAAGACAGGCAAAAGAAAAACAGAUUGACAGGGGAAGAGGCAGACAGUGGACAAAAUAUCCUUCCUUCCAAGCAUUGCAGGUUAAGGAACCCAAAACCCUUGGGAUAGAAAUGGAAUUACAAAAAGUAGUUUCUUCAGUACAGGAAGCAACACCAGAUGCAAGUGAUUUAGUGGACAUCAAGGAGAAUGAUGAGACAGAUGAAAUUCUUACCUCACUUCUGAAUGAAAUUGCAUUUCUUAACCAACAGCUGGAUGAUGAUGCUUCAGGUGUAUCGGAACUCCCCAACUCUCUAAGUUGUUGCUUUUCUCCGGGAGACAUGGAGAGUCAUAAGGAAUCAGCUGCUGCAGAUGGAUCUGCCUUUCAGUUUGGCCCAUUGGGUGGGAACUUCAAGAACCUCUGUCUUGUUCAAGAGAGCAGCGGUUGCAUUACUCCUCUCUUGCUUCACUUGGAAGACGACAGCAUAGCUGAUCGUGACAGAACUUUGGGACGGCCUCCAUCUAAACCAGGUGUUUUGAAACGAAUGUUAGGCUCUGAAGUAAAGGAUCCAAAUCUAGAUUGCUCAACAGUAAAUAUUGAUGGAAGUGUAAAACAUGUGGCACCUCUGUCAAAGACCACACUUGUGUCACCGCCAAUCCUAAAGAUGAAGACUAAUCUGGAACCUGGCAAAGUUGACACAAUAUGGAAGCCCAUGCCCAAACUAGCUCCCUUUGGAUUAAAACCUGCCAAUUUCCCAGGAGGGCAGAUUACCAAAGUGAUGUCUUUAUUGGCAAAAGUAUCAUCUGUUGGGCUAAAAGCCACACAGUCAGUUACUAGUCAAGAACAGGAGUGA